AUGGAAAACAGCCAGCAGUCCCCAGAAAGCUUCGAGCUGGGUCUCCUCGAGCGUAGCCGUCUCGCGUGGGACAAACACCGGGUGGUAACUCAUUGGCUGGAAAAGGUCGAACCUCACUCCAGGGCGAGAGGAACACGCGACCAUGAAAGCGUCAUGAAUGUGACAGCUUCAACAGACCCUCCUACGGUGUCUCCGCAAGACAGUGAAUUGGACACCAAAGGAAACACGGCGGGUUCGAGUUAGAUGGUUUGACAAGGC